UCAAUUCUUGAAAUUAGGGUUUUGUCCAGGGUUUAUGAAAACCCCAAUUUUUAUUUGUGAAGUAUAGAAGGGGGCUAAGCCUAAUACGAAAAUGGAGGGACUGAAAGUAGCUGAUGGGAAUUUGGUGGUAUAUUUGCCCCCAUCCAAGUCGAAGAAUGUCUCUGAUGCCAUUCUUACUGAGCUCAGUUCUCAGCUUUUCAAGUUUAACGAGAAUUUGGAUGGUGUUCUAUUGGCUUAUGAUGUAGAAAUCCUUGGUGUGUUGGCGAAAAUUCUUACAGGAAUUCAUCCAUAUUUUGGUGUUAAACUCAAAUCAAAGCUUCUGCUGUUUAAUCCAAAGCCCGAGAUGCUUUUAGAAGGACAGGUGGUCAAACUUAGCCAACAGGCAAUUCACGUCAUCGUGCUUGGUUUUUCAGCUGCUGUCAUAAUAGAAGAAGAUAUCCCAAAAGACUUCAGAUACAAGAUUAAAAGUGGGAAAGGAUAUUACGUGAGCAGAUUGCAUAAGCAACACAAGAUCAAAGUUGACACAAUUAUACGCUUCGCAGUCAAGAGUUUUGACGAGGAGAUACUACAUAUAUCUGGGUCUUUGCUUUCUUCUAACACGGGAAGUGUAUCAUGGCUACAUACAAAUUCAGGAGAUAGGUCACUGGAUGACAGUAACUCGAAGAAGCUGAGAGUUGGUGAGGAUAGACUUGAAAGUAUGGAACAUAAUAAAGGAGCUAGUAAUGGGGAAAUAGUUUCCUUAAACAGUGAUCGACAAACCAAGAAGUCAAAGAAAAGGAGAAGUUAUGAUUCAUGAAGGUUUGUACUAACGGCAGUUGAUCAAAUUUGACUGGUAGAGCUCCAUAUAGGAUUCCUGCAAAUUUGCCUUUCAUUACUUGUGGGUGGAGGAAGUACAUUAUAUGUUUUGGAUUUAGUUAAAUAUGAAGUAAGCACAAUACUUUACUCUUUUGUUGUGUAGUCCUGAUUCGUCUCUCUCAGAUUCUCAAAUAUCAUUGUUCUUUCAAAGUGAGCAUGUCUAGACUGAAAUGAAGUUCUAUGGGUAAAAAAGAUCCAGGUUUCGAGAUUUGUAAUGUAACAUUUGAUUACCAUGUAAUAUUGAAAUUUUUUGAAAGUUGGUUAUGUUGAGUAAUAUGAAUUUGUCAAUUUGCUGUUA